AUGUCGAGUACUAGUACUAGGCAAGGUGGACUUGGGGGCACAAGGUGUCAAGAUUGUGGGAACAUAGCCAAGAAAGAUUGUGCUUACAUGAGUUGCCGGACUUGUUGCCGGAGCAAAGGAUUCGAGUGCCAAACACGCAUAAAGAGCACUUGGGUUCCGGUAUACCGGAGGCGAAUCCGCCAUCAUCAUCAGCAACAACGAAACCCUAAAAGACUUAGAGAAAACAAUCCUUCUUCAGGGUUGGAAAUGGUGGAUUUUCCAGCCGAAGUGACAUCGCCGGUGACAUUUCGAUGUGUUCGAGUGAGCUCCAUCGAAGACAUGGCCGACCAGUACGCGUAUCGAACGGCGGUGAUGAUUGGAGGACAUGUUUUCAAGGGUGUUCUCUAUGAUCAAGGACCGGAUCGUGGCCAUUACUCGCUCGGAGAAUGCUCCUCAAGAGAGACUCCUCUUCAGCCGCCGUGGUUGCAGCAGCCGAAUCAAAUCGAUUCCGCCGGCGAUCUAACAAUGGCUACAACUAACACCACGACUACUGUUCUUCCUCCCCCUUAUGCAUCUCCUUUUACUGCUUUCGUUUCACCUGGCUGGUACGCCAUUUUUCCUCCACCCAAAAUCUUAAGCAAAAAACCCUUCUUCUCUUCCACUUUCAACCAUUGCAGCUCAUUGAGGUUGCAUUAUCUGAUAUAUUCAACCUAA